UCUCUCUAUUUCACCUACUUUUCCUGAAAGAGCACGCACACAGCAAUCUGUCUUCAUGGAACUGAUCUUUUCUUCUUCUUCUUCCUUGACCUAUUUGGUCUCCCAUCUUUUGGUUUUGGCGCUUUUGAUAUGCAGCACAAAGGCUUUGGUAAAGUUACCGCCGAACGAAACAGUUCCUGCUGUCAUCGUCUUUGGGGAUUCGAUUGUCGACGCUGGAAACAACAACGACCUCUCCACUUUGAUCAAGUGCAACUUCCUCCCUUACGGCCAAGACUUUGACGGGGGAGUUCCGACGGGAAGAUUUUGCAAUGGAAAAAUCCCUUCAGAUAUUAUAGCUAAAGAAAUGGGAAUUAAAGAUACUGUGCCAGCGUAUUUGGAUCCAACUUUGACACCCCAAGAUCUCCUAACAGGAGUAACCUUUGCUUCAGGUGGCACUGGAUAUGAUCCUAUGACACCCAAACUAGCGUCAGUUAUAUCGUUAUCAGACCAGUUGGAUCACUUCAAAGAAUACAUAGCCAAGCUGAAAGCUCUUGUUGGAGAAGAGAGAACAAACUUCAUCAUAGCCAAGAGUCUAUAUCUAAUUGUAGCCGGCAGCGAUGACAUCGCCAACACAUAUUUUGUUCUCCGAGUCAGGAAAUUGCAAUACGACAUUCCCGCUUACACUGAUUUAAUGGCCAACUCGGGUCAGACCUUCUUCAAGGAACUAUAUGCUUUGGGAGCUCGAAGAAUGGCGGUGUUCAGUGCACCACCAAUCGGCUGUGUGCCAUCACAGAGAACUUUAGCAGGAGGAAUCGAAAGGGAAUGUGCAGAAGAUUACAACCAAGCCGCCAGGUUAUUCAACAAAAAGCUAUACGCCGUGUUGAAUUCCCUGCAAACAAGCCUGCCUGAUGGGAAAUUCGUGUACACAGAUGUCUACAAUCCUCUGCUUCAACUCAUCGAAAACCCUCAAAAAUAUGGCUUUGAAGUUGCAAACAAAGGAUGCUGUGGUACAGGGAACAUAGAGGUGGCAAUUUUGUGUAAUAAACUGAGUCCAUCUACAUGCACAGAUGACUCUAAAUAUAUUUUCUGGGACAGUUAUCAUCCAACUGAGAAGGCAUACAGUGUUCUCGUUCCCCUAAUCCUUGAUCAGGAUUUUGUGAACAACUUCUUUUGAGGCAAUCUCGUAUUAUACAUAUAUGAAGAAUAAAAGCUCUCUUCUGCUCAUUUUUGUACCCCAUAAUUAAGAUGGUCUCUCGAGGAUUUGUGACCAUAUAAUAUUUGGCUAUAACUUUAUUCAAGUCUAAGUUAUAUUAUGUAAGUUUCAUUCCACUGAGAAAAUGCAAAUUUAUCU